CAGCAGCAGCAGGAGCAACAGGCGUUUUACGAGGAGCAUGACGACACUAUACCAUAUACCAUACCACAAUAACAACAACACCGACAUUGUACAAACGGAACAACAACCACAACAAACAUACCCAGAAACAUUCUACCCAUUUCACGAUUGUUGUACAAACCCCCUUCUCUCAAGGGGCAGAGGGGCAGAGGGGCCUUUUUUUUUAAUGACCAUUAUACCAUCACCGCCGAAGAUACCACCACCACCACCAUCGAACAAAACCACUUCUUGUUUUUUUUUCUUGCUUUUUUUCGAUACCCUUCUCACUUCAUACCCUUUAAGCAUUUUAGAUAGACCUUUUUUUGUUGCUUGGACUUUUUUUGUACACUUCUUCUUCUUCUUCUUCCUCUUCUUCUUCUUCUUCAGUGCUGCUGGGGUGUUUUGGUUAUCCUUCUGGUGUUUUUGGUUUCUUUUUGGCUUCUUUUUGGGGACUUGGUUUUCACUUAGGAUUGAUUGAUUGUUUGCGGGCACGGGAUAGGAAGGAACAAGUACCUAGGAUACCAUUACCAUUUACCAUUACCAUUACAUUACACAU